CUCAUCAACUUUUAUUCUCUACUCACUGUUUACAUUGGGUGGUCUUCUAUUUAAGUUCCCACACAUGAACUGUCUGGAACUCCAAAAUCUGAGAAUUCUGGAACUCCCAAGUAGCUCAUCUUCAUCUUCAUUUCCAUAAGACUGUAAUCCCCUAAACCCUAAUCGAAUUCUCCCAAAACCCAAUGUCACGUUCCCACAAAGCCCUCGACUCACGGCACCCCUUAGAUUCGUGUACAUUUCAACUCCAUAGCUGGAGACCUUUCCAGCUUCAACAGCAGACCACCACCGCACCCACCUCCAAAACCCUAGACUCCGAUCCCACCAACCCCAAACCCUACUACACCAAGCGUCCAUGCCUCUCCAACCGAGCGACGUCGUUUUCCAUCGACGCCAUCGACAUGUCCAGGCUGACUUUGGUCGACGACGACCGGACGAUCUCCGGAGGGCACCAUAAGCACGGGAGCUUCCGAUUCAUUGACAAGAAGAGGCGGCGGCGCGGGUCCAGGUCGGUUUCGGGUCGGAGCAGCGAUCGGAGCGGGACCCGGAGGUGCUGCUCCGUCGGGGCUUCGGCUGCUUACGGGACGUGUUCGGAUUUUCCGGUGGCGAUUGGUACGGACUCGAGUGGGGAGCUGUUUGGGAAUGGGGAUGCGAAUUGGGCCUCGGAUGUGAGUGAGGCUAGGAAUUCGAGGAAGGAGAGGGAUGGAGUUGGGAGUGGAGAGAAGGAGAAUCCGGGUGUCGGGUUUGGGCCGAGUGGGGGCUUUGAUGCUCAGGGAAAUGAGUCCGGAUAUGGUAGUGAACCGGGUUACCGUGGGGACGCGGAGUUCGGAUAUGGUGAUGAACUUGAUGAGGAGGAGGAUGAUGCUCGUCUAUUGUUUUGGGGCAAUCAUUUCGGAGAUAGUGAUACUAUGAUGGAGGUUGUGGGUGAGAAUACUUUCACGGAUCAAAAAUCGCAUCACAGAUGUCGCCGUAAGAAACAUGAUUGCAGAAUGGUUGUUGAUUCCCUGAGGUGACCGUAUCGUCUUGGCCUCAGUUUCCCAUUCGAAAGGAUUCUGAGGAAGUUGUUCCCUGGAGGGAAAUCUGUGUUAUGAAGUCCCACAUCCUGUCACCCUUCUUGGUCCAUUUUGAGAGUGAGAGAGCUCUUGGUAAAUAUCAGCAAAUGGAUUUGGAGUUUUGGAUUCAUGCCACUAUGUCACAUCCUUUUCAUUUUAUGCUUCAAAGGAUUCUGAGUGUGCAUUAUACUAGAAACAUUGUGUUGUCAAAUGAAAGUAACGGAUUCUGAGCCUG